CUGCCGUACCGUACGUUCAACGUUGCGAUAAUACUCGACCGUCGGUAACAUUAUUAUUUAUUAGUUUAUUACGUUGAACGUUCCCUUCUUAUCCGGUGUCGCGCGAUUCAAUCAUAUCUGCCAUUAUUAUAAAAUAUAUAGCAAGACGCAAGUCGUCACUCGUUGUCGUUAACUAUAUUGUACGUUCGUAUGAGAUUUACAUACCUGUUCAUUUUAACGUCGAGUUCGAUUGCGCGAGUGUACUCAAGACAAGCGGUCGAUUUUCAACGCCUUAAGUGUCGAAAAGAAGUCAGAUCAAGACGAUCUUGGUACAGAAGGGUGGCCCAACGCCGACCGAGAUGGUGGUACCAUGUCGCAACCGGAUUUCACACCACGUUCAGAGCGAUGGUCUUGCGAACUCUUCGUCUGGGCAAUGUGAGUAGGUACGAAUCACGAAAUUGGAAUCAUUUUGGUAUCGAAAGCAACGAACAGUCAGUACUUGUCUGACGGACGUUGACCUAAGUGGACUCCCAACAGAUCUAUCCGAGUCGGGGUCAUAUAUUACUGGAAAGAACUGUAUGGGGAAGUUGCCGUCACAGACAUUAUUUUAUAUGCAGGCUUCACAAUGAGGAAAUUGAGCGUUAACGAGUCAAACGGAUGUAUUUUGUUUGAACAUUUGAUGAUCAUGUCUGAUAUACGAAACAGUUUAUGGGCACAUCCACCUUUACCACCCGGCAAACGAAUAUUAGAUCGUUCAAAUUCUGAAGACAGAAAAUCAACUUUUGGAUUUAUACGAAAAUUUCCAUCCGUCCGCCGCAAUAGCAAAAAAGAGAAUUUGAUGGAUACUACUUAUGAAAGUUUUGAUAGUCUAUUCGAAGACAAUGAUAUAGUAUUAGUUGAGACCGAAUAUGUUGAAGAUUCCAAUAAGAAUAAAAAGCCUUUUACGGCAAUGUUCAGAAGCCGAUCUGAUGGAAAUUUAGCUGGGUCUUCAAAAAGUAGUUCUAUUAUGUCUCACGAGUCUGCAGAACCAAAAGGGUUUACCAAGUAUCUGAGAGCGCUGAGUGGAAGUUGGAAAAAUUUGUUAAAUAUUAGCAGUAUGAACAAAACUCAGAAAAAUGUUCCUCAAGUAAAAAAAGUACCUCCACCAGCCAUUCCGGAUUCAGUUGCAUGUCGACAUUCAGGUAGUAGCUUUGGAUCAACGGGAUACAGUAGCUCCAGUGAUGAUGCAUUUCUCGAUCCAAAUACUUGUAUCAAACCAGAUAUCUAUGAUGCAGCAGAUACUUACUGCCCUAUUGGAAAUAAAUCACCAUCGUCACAAUUUAAUCAUCCAGCUUUCACAUUUCCAGGAUCUACUUCGUAUUCUCAACCCUGUGGAAAUAUAAAGAUGUAUUACCACCAAUUAUCACUUCAGGAAGAUCAAGGAAUUGAUAUGACUCAAAGUCCUGGUCGUGAUAGUCCUGGUUCAUCCGGUUCUGGUUCUGGAUCUCGUCACUCUACAGCGAGUUUAGAUAGUGGUCGUGCUUCAGGGUGCCAUCUUCGAGGAAACACUCAUUGGCAUCCAGAACUUAGUCCAUCUACUAGAGUAGAAAGACUUCUCAAUCAAGGUGUUCCAGAUAAAGAUAUAAUGUACAGUUGGUUAGUUGAUCUACAUCUAGAAGAAUAUUUACCUUUGUUCAUAUCUGCUGGAUAUGAUAUGAGAACAGUUUCAAAAAUGACACCAGAAGAUUUAACUGCUAUUGGCGUAAAAAAACCAAAUCAUAGAAAGAAAUUAAAAGCAGAAAUUGGCUUAUUAAAUAUAUCUGAUGGACUAUUAGAUUACAUUCCCGGAUCAUUAGAUGAAUGGCUUAGAUUGCUACGUCUUGAAGAAUAUGGAUCAGCGUUAGAAGCUCAAGGUUAUUCUACAAUUGAUGAUGUAACUCAAUUAACAUGGGAAGAUUUAGAAGAUAUUGGAAUAGUUAAACUUGGACAUCAAAAAAGAUUAUUACUAGCAAUAAAACGAGUAAAGGAUAUUAAGGCUGGCAAAUCAUUUGUACCUCAUUCUCCAUAUAUUAUUCAAACUCAAGCCUGCAUCGAGUCGCCAUUAAGCAUUGUAAGCAGCAGUUCUGGAUGUGGAACAAGUAUCACUAACAUAAGUUGCGGUACAGGCAGUGUUGAACUUGAUUUGCCUCGUGUUCAUGCCACGUAUCACAGCUUUCAUCAACCUUGGGAAUUAGAGAGUAGCAAACAACUAUAUUGCCAAACAGAUAUUGUUCCCAUCAAGUCCCCUAGACCUACUCCGGAUUCGAACUGGACACUCGAAUUUCAGGAAUCGCUUAGAGGAGCACAUCGUGGCAAAUCAUUAGAAAGUCUACAUGAAAAUAUUAACUCAACAACUGGAGGUACGAGUAGUUUUGUCGGUCCACCACAGUGGAGACAUCAACAAAAAAGUUUUGAAGAUGGUGAUUUAACACCAACAAAUGAAACUUCUAUUCUUCAUGAAUGUGGUGGUACAUUACCUAGACCAAGAGGAUUAGUUAAGCCAAGAUUAGUGGCUAAAGUUCCAGCUUUAUUUACUCAACAAAACAUAGAAGACUGUUCAGGAUUAAAUACAUUGAAACGUAGACCACCAUCUCCACCUAAACGCCAACAGUCUUGUGAAGAUAAUAAAAAGUGUCAUCAAGUAACUGUUGUUGCUGAUCUACAUUGUAUUCCGACGUUACAAUCUAAAUCUUUGAGUAAAUGGACAAUAGACAAUAUGUCUCCUAAACAUAACCUAGAGGAUCAUAUCGGAUCAAAUGCAAGCUUUAAAUCAAAUUCAAGUACUGAAUCAGAUACUAUUCCAUUUGCCAAUGAAAAUGCAGGCACAAUUAAACAGAGAACAAUUAGAUCUACAAAUGAACUAAUUCAACCUAUGCUUGCUGAAGGAUCUCACUCUAUGCAUACAACUUCAAGUUAUUCAAUGCACUCAAGUCAAUUUUCGCUAAUGCCUCCAAGUGGGAAAAAGGAACCAGCAGAUGUACUUAAUGAUAUUGGAAAUAUGUUAGCCAAUUUAACUGAUGAAUUAGAUGCCAUGUUAGAAGAAGAAAAAAGACAAGGUCUCAAUGAUUAAAUUAAUUAAUUUUUCGUAAAGAUUAAGUUAAUAUUUCUUACCCUAAUUGUAAAAAAAAAAAUGUUCCAUCCAGUAAAAAAGAAACAAUUUUUAUGUUCCUUUUUUAUUUCUGUAUAUUAAGGUUCAAAUUGCAAGAAAAAAAUUGUAAUCUUAUUUAUGUCUUACUAAAUCUGUCAAUGUUAGGCUAUAAAAAGGGAAACACCAAUUGUAAUUAUAUUCACUUCUUGCUCUUGGGUUUUAAUUUGAAAUUAGUUUACAAUUUUAGGUGUAUAGCUGAUACUAUCCUUAUCUCACCUAUAUAUUUUUAAUUUAUAUAGAUUGGAAUCAGCCUUAUGAAUUUUAUAUAUUAUUUCAAUAACCACAAUUAACUAUGCCAUUACUCAAAUUUAUUUUUGAAAUUUUAAGACAUAAUAUUAUAUAAUUUCUAUUCAACUAAAAUACUAUAUUUGUUACUAUUAGUGUAGACAUAUCACCUUAAACGUCUUCCUGUUUUAUAAUUUUAAUCGAAGAUAUAACUUGUUUUUACAAUUUCAAAAACUUUACCUAAGUUAUAUAGAGACAUUAUAUUAUAUUUCUAAAUUAUUAUUUGUAGGUAGCUAUUUUGAUUAGAUUAUUAAUUAAUCAUAGGUAACUAUUUAAAAAUGAAUAUUAUUUAAAAUACUUUUAGAGACAACAUAUUUGACUGAUUAGAGAGAGGUGCACAGUUAUUAAUCUUUGAACCCUGAAGAUUUAUAUUAUUUAAAUAAUUAUACAAUGUCCUUGGAUAAUAAUUUAUAUUUGUUAGUAUCAACAUAAAUAAUUUAAAGAACUUUGGUGAAGCUAUUUAUUUAUUUUUAUUAGUUAAAAAGAAAUUUUUUCACUAAAGUUAUGUGAACCAAUCUUCACCACAUGAGAAUUUUAUUUUAAUUAUUCUUUAUGGGCAUUUCCAUUCCUUAGCAAAACAACUUUUAUAUUGUAUCUAUAAAUAAUAAUGCAGCUAUUAGCUUUUUAUUUAAGAUACACCAAGUAAAUUCAUAUUUAAUGACUCCUGCAAAUUGGGAAGAACAUUGAAUUUGUAAAAUGUUAUUUAAUGAUUAAAUAAUAUUUAGAAUCUAAACAUUUGUAUAUUAUUGUAGUAUGUUUAUAAUAUAAACUGAGGAUAACAAUUUUAUUAUAUUUAUAUACUGGUAGAUUUUUAUACCACAAAUUAUUAUGUAUAUUAAUAAACAAUUUUAAAUAA